UGUGCAUUAAUUACUUCCUACAGACGAAACUCUUAGAAAAAUGUGACUUAGAAUGAUGUUUUAACCACUGCCUGUCUCUUUUUCUGAGAAAAAUGAAGAGAUGAUACAUAAUGACAAGCUUUUUUAUCUAUUGAAUAUUGUGGGUAUUAAUCAACGCGCGUUGGUUUAGCUGUAAGGUAAUGACAACUUACGAGCGGAUAUCGAUCGCGCUGCUAAUACCUGCCAAUGUUUUGUACAGUUUAGCUUUGUUCAGCCAUUCUUGGUUCCAGUUACCAGACGUAUCUUACGGUCUGUGGGUUGCUAAAUACUGUGAUUACCUGUCAUGUCAAAUAAUACCAGCUUUCUUCACUGAGGAACCAGUAUGGUACCAUAUUCUACAAGGCCUAAGCUUGUUUGGCUGGUCUGGAAUGAUGAUAUCAUUAAUUCUUCUAACCUCCAAGAAGUUUGACACCAGUAUUCCAAAUACAUGGAGAUAUCACAAGCAAAUGACUGUGUCUGUACUGUGUAUUGUUUCCGUGUUUAUCAUUUCCUUGAGUUUGGUGAUGUUCUACGGUAAACUUGACGAGUCGCAUUCCUCUGCUACCCCCAAAGUCCAGUGGUCGGCAUUCCUAGCAGCAGCAGCCUGUGUUCUACAGUUCUGUGCCGGACUUUUACUCACUCAAACGUAAUUAAUUGCAAUCUGUAAGAGUGUACAGUUGUUAUUCUCAUGACGAAUGGAUAAUAAUACAUGUAAUAUACAGGUUUUUACGGUUAAUAGGGUUUUGUUUUUUUCACCUUCAUUAUAAAAGGUGAACACAGCAUUCUGCCAUCACAUUUGGGGUAGAAUUUUAUGUCUUUUAUGGGGAUGUUACUUUGUAGUGAUUCUCAACAUUUUUUGUCAUGUAUUGUUCUUUUCGAGAUGAUCAUAUUUUGGAAAUCUAACACCUGUGCAAUAAUAUUAAGAAAUGUAUUUAUGCAAUAAUAUUAUAGAUCUGCAUGUAUUUUAUACUUGGUUUCUGAUGUUAUUAGUUUUUGUUUGUUGAUGUGUUGGUUUAAUUUACAUUUAUUUUGUUUUUUUGAAGGGGUUGUCAUUCUAAACUGUAUGUACAAUUCCCCACUUGCUCAAGUAUUUUUGUUGUGAAAAAUAAUACAGAUUGUGAAAUUGUGAAAAUAAUUAAAGAAUAAAAGUAUAUUUGGUUUUCUA